AUGGGGCCUUUUCUUCGUGACCCCGCGGUUCUGUUGUGUGCCCUUCUUAUCCCGCUCGUUAUCUCUCGUCCCACCAUAGACCCUGGGAACUGCCCAACGGCUGCAGCCCUACUCGACUCCCACUGCACUGAUCGGGCAUCUAUAUCAUCUGGUGUUCCUGAGCUGAAGGUGUAUGAACCUCCACGGUCUUCAUCCCUGACAAUUUAUGCGCAUUCGCUCCAGCAGAUGACCCGCAAGGCCAAGGCAACCAUUGCCGUCCUCUCAUCCCUGAUCGCAUAUGUAUCCAUCAACAGCAUCAUCCACAUAGUCAGACCGAACGCCUUUGUCUGGUGUGUGGAGGACCGGGAGGAGCGGUCUUGGAUUGCGAGCUCGCGCUCGUGGUUCGACCGUAAAUCUUGUCGAUGGCUCAGCAUCUGCGGCGCGGCUCAUCUACAGAUUGCACAGGAAAAAUUCGGGCAGCGAGAUCCGGCACAGUGGACAGAUGCACAAAUUGCGGAUCCAAAAGAGCCCUGGCGGUCUUUUUGGCUUAGCGGGGCUAGCGACGCCGAGUGGGAUGCCGAAGAGCGGGCUCGGCGGCAGAUCCCCGACUAUGUACUCAAGUACGCCCCACUCGUCCACCUUUAUUCUGGCGAACAAUUUUGGCCGGGGGAUAUCGCUGAACACUUGUACCACACCACCCCCGCCCUCAAUUACACGCCCAUCCAAGCCCAAUGGGAUCAUCCAUCGCUGCGUGACCUGGAUGGUUUGAACGAGUGGGAAAGGGGCCGGCACGUCUUUUUGACCAGCAACGAUGAUGUGCAGAAGCGCCCACCUUGGCUGGAGGGCGAAAGAAACAUUCCUCGAGGUGGAGCUAGCCGUACAGAAGAGUCAUGGGCAGACUGGGACGGCCGGGUCGAUGGCGAUAUCCCCGGCGACACUGAAGAGAAUCGCGCGAAGUGGUACGACUUCCGUCAAUUGCAGCAAGAGGCCAUCCCUGCUCCCGAGUCGAGCUACUCUGAGCACGAGGAGGCCCGGGAAAUUUUGAAAGAGGAAUUGCGCAAGCGCUACAGCGGGAAACCAAUCCACGAUGAUGGCCGGGGUGGCCGGAGUGACGCGCCAGCCAUUUUGGUGGUGAUGGACAAAGGCAAUGGAAUCAUUGAUGCGUACUGGUUCUACUUCUAUAGCUUCAAUCUCGGCAACACCGUCAUCAAUGUGCGAUUCGGAAACCAUGUCGGUGAUUGGGAGCACUGCUUGAUGCGAUUCCACAAUGGUAUCCCGAAAGCACUGUUUUUCAGCGCCCAUCAAGGUGGAGAGGCUUAUAGUUAUGAGGCGGUUGAGAAGAUUGGACAGCGACCUGUCAUUUACUCCGCCGAGGGAAGCCACGCUAUGUACGCCACGACUGGGGUGCAUGAGUACAUUCUCCCUUGGGGCUUGCUGCACGAUGUCACAGACCGUGGCCCACUAUGGGAUCCUCUGCUCAACUCACAGACCUACACAUAUGACUUCGACAGUCAAAAUCUGCGGGCCUCCACAUUGAACCCAUCUGCUCCCACAGAAUGGUUUCAUUUCAGGGGCAAAUGGGGUGACAAGUUUUAUCCAUUGGGCGAUGAACGGCAGUAUCGAUUUGCCGGCCAGUAUCACUACGUCAACGGGCCUCUUGGCCCGAAGUUCAAACAUCUCAACCGCCAUAAGGUUUGCCAGGGUCCUGAUCGUGCUCCUUGCGUUAUCAAAAACUACAUUGAACAAGGGAAGCGGCCUCAGCGCUGGGGAUCCAGUGGGCCUGGAGAGUAG